CUACAACAACACCACAGCUCAUGCAAAGGCUGUAGGCUGUUGUGUAGGUCUGCCAAGGCAUGCACACUUCACGGUCCCUCCACGCAGGUCCACCUGGCAAGCAGAGUGGAUGUGUGAUUUGUGGGCACGGCAUGCAUGAAUGCAAGGCAAAGCCCGAGUGGUUCGCAAGUAAACGAACCCACACACGCGCACGCAUCGCGAGUUAGUGGUGAUGACGGCUAGGCUGCAGCGCCGGCGCAGGUAGCACGGAGUGUCCGCUUACAAGCGUCGGAGGACCCAAACAGGAAUCUAUCAAAACCCUCACGGAGUCACCAGCCGUGUAUGGGCGCUAUGUCCGGCCGCUAUCGCCAGCUCUUCGUCCCUCCCACGACAGCGGGAGGCGAAAACAGGUUGCUUGUAACAGGAUCAGCUGAUCCGCUUCAGUUUAGCAUAAAUCCAGCAGGGUAGAAUGAAUUGGAUCUCAGUUCCAGUCUGGCUCAGGCUCAUCAUCCCAGCACUCCAGUUAUCUUGCUCUGACGGGAUUGCCAGAGCUAAUCGCCUGCCUGUUCAACUGUAUUGGUGCAGCCGGCAGCAAGCAGGUCGUCCAAUACUCAGAAAGCAGAGUUGACCAGGAAGCCGGAAUCAACGCCGCUGGCAGAGCAAUGGAGAGUCCGGUGGCACCGCAUUUGGUCGGCACUCGUCCGACGCUGAUGGACGAGCUUGUCGAGCAAGGUUACGACCUCAACAGGCUCAAGACUCCAGAGCGGACAUUGCAGACGAUCAAGCCGAACAUGGACGAUCAGGAUCAGAACAUCAGGCCACCCUACUCAUACAUAGCUCUCAUCGCUAUGGCCAUUCUCCAAUCGAAGGAUGGCAAACUAACCAUUGCUCAGAUCUACGACUUCAUUGAGAAGCGAUUUUCCUACUAUCGCAACUUGCGACCGUCCAAAGGCUGGAAGACCAACGUCAGACAUUACCUGUCAAUGAGCAAAUACUUCUAUCAGCCGGAGAAAUUUUUUUCAAGAGGAAGCUACUGGAUGCUGGCAACGAACUGCGAGCGCAUGUUUGAAAAAGGCAACUACAGGAGACGAAAGCGGGACCGUCCAAAUGAAGAUGAAGUGCAGGGUACGGGUCACUAUAACCCGUCGUCGUACGCGCUUGGCCAUUACACUGACAACGAAACGGUCUUGAGGCAGCAGCCACCGCAACAGCAGUCACCGCAACAGCAGUCACCGCAACAGCAGCAACAGCAGCCACAGCAACAGCAGCCACCGCAACAGCAGCAACAGCAGUCACCGCAACAGCAGCAACAGCAGCCACAGCAACAGCAGCCACCGCAACAGCAGCAACAGCAGCCACCGCAACAGCAGCAACAGCAGCCACAGCAACAGCAGCCACCGCAACAGCAGCAACAGCAGCCACAGCAACAGCAGCCACAGCAACAGCAGCCACGGCAACAGCAUCCACCGCAACAGCAUCAACAGCAACAGCAGCAACAGCAGCCACCGCAACAGCAGCCACCGCAACAGCAGCCCCAGCAACAGCAGCCAUCGCAACAGCAGCCAGAGCAACAGCAGCCAUCGCCACAGCAACAGCAGCCACAGCAACAGCAGCCACCGCAACAGCAGCCACCGCAACAGCAGCUACCGCAACAGCAGCAACAGCAGCCACAGCAACAGCAGCCACCGCAACAGCAGCCACAGCAACAGCAGCAACAGCAGCCACGGCAACAGCAGCCACCGCAACAGCAGCCAUCGCAACAGCAGCCACAGCAACAGCAGCCACCGCAACAGCAGCCACAGCAACAGCAGCAACAACAGCCACGGCAACAGCAGCCACCGCAACAGCAGCCACCGCAACAGCAGCCACCGGAACAGCAGCCACGGCAACAGCAGCCACGGCAACAGCAGCCAUGGCAACAGCAGCCAUGGCAACAGCAGCCACGGCAACAGCAGCCACCGCAACAUCAGCAACAGCAACAGCAACAGCAGCAUUUGGUCGGCACUCGUCCAACGCUGAUGGACGAGCUUGUCGAGCGAGGUUACAACCUCAACAGGCUCAAGACUCCAGAGCGGACAUUGAAGACGAUCAAGCCGAACAUGGACGAUCAGGAUCAGCACAUCAAGCCGCCCUACUCAUACAUAGCUCUCAUCGCUAUGGCCAUUCUCCAAUCGAAGGAUGGCAAACUAGCCCUAACCCAGAUCUACGACUUCAUUGAGAAGCGAUUUUCCUACUAUCGCAACUUGCGACCGUCCAAAGGCUGGAAGAACAGCAUCAGACAUAACCUGUCCCUGCAGAAAUACUUCUAUCAGCCGGGGAAAAAACAUACAAAAACAAGCUACUGGAUGAUGGCACCGAACUGCGAGCUCAUGUUUGAAAGCGGCAACUACAGGAGGCGAAUGCGGGAACGUCCGAAUGAAGAUGAAGUGCAGGGUACUGGUCACUACAAACCGCCGCUGGACGCGCUUGGCCAUUACACUGACGACGAAACGGACUUGUGGCAGCAGCCACCGCAUCAGCAGCCACAGCAACAGCAGCCACCGCAACAGCAGCCACCGCAACAGCAGCCAUCGCAACAGCAGCCACCGCAACAUCAGCCAUCGCAACAGCAGCCUCAGCAACAGCAGCCAUCGCAACAGCAGCCACCGCAACAGCAGCCACAGCAACAGCAACAGCAGCCAUGGCAACAUCAGCCACCGCAACAACAGCCACCGCAACUGCAGCCUCAGCAGCCACAGCAACAGCAGCCACCGCAACAGCAGCCACCGCAACAGCAGCCUCAGCAGCAGCAGCAGCAGCAGCAGCAAUCAUCAUCAGCCACAGCAGCAGCACCAGCAGCAGCACCAGCACCAUCACCAUCACCACCAGCAGCUUCCCCAGCAGCACCAUCACCAGCAGCACUAUCACCAGCAGCACCAUCACCAGCAGCACCAUCACCAGCAGCACCAUCACCAGCAGCAGCAUCACCAGCAGUAGCAUCACCAGCAGCACCAUCACCAGCAGCACCAUCACCAACAGCAGCUUCCCCAGCAGUAGCAUCACCAGCAGCAGCAUCACCAGCAGCAGCAUCACCAGCAGUAGCAUCACCAGCAGCACCAUCACCAGCAGCACCAUCACCAGCAGCAGCCACAGUAGCAGCCACAGCAGCACCAUCACCAGCAGCACCAUCACCAACAGCAGCUUCCCCAGCAGUAGCAUCACCAGCAGCACCAUCACCAACAGCACCAUCACCGGCAGCACCAUCACCAGCAGCCACAGCAGCAGCAGCCACAGCAGGACCAUCACCAUGGGGCUCUCCGGUAGUACAUUGGGUCCCGGUAGCACACUGGGUCCCGGUAGUAAAUUGGGUCCCGGAAGUAAAUUGGGUCCCGGAAGUACAUUGGGCAAUGCACUUGCCUGCGACCCGAGAGGUUGCGGGUUCGAGCCCAGCAGUCGCACAUCUCUGACGGCAAAAUCCCCACAACGCAGCUCACCAGAUCAAGGUGUGGGUUCUCUUCACUCAGCAGAGUCGAGUCGAGCGAGCUGCAACUCCCGGUGCCGGAAGGCGGGCUCACAACUUUCCAUGGCUACUUCCCCUUGUCUAACCGCCAAGAUGAAAAUAUAAGCCAACUGGCCGAAAUGGUUAAAAAUAAAAAGGAAAAAUCACCAGCAGCAGCCACAGCAGUAGCCACAGCAGCGGCCACAGUGGCAGCCACAGCAGCAGCCACAGCAGCACCAGCCACAGCAGCAGCAAGCACAGAGAGCUGCUGAGUAAAAAUAGCACAUCAGCGCCCCCACCUAGCUUCAACGACGGCUACCAAAUUGCUGGACUACCUUCGGGAUGCGGACAUUGACUCCAGCGGCUGCCAGCGGCCGUAUCGCUUGUACCAUCCGACUCUCAGUUCAUUGACAGUCACCUAAGCUUCAGCAGCACAGACCCUGGCGGCAGCAGCAGCAGCAGCGGUGACGCGGAUCUGGACGCCGGAGAGUGUCGUUGGUGAGCUAAUCAGUGCUACCUGAGUAGCCCUUGCUGAUCAACAUUACAGUAUGCCCAAAUUAUGCCAGUGAUUAUGCCAGUGAUUAUGCCAGUGAUUAUGCCAGUGAUUAUGCUGGAAUUAUGCCAGUGAUGGUGCAAUACUACAUGUCAUGUACAUGUAUGCUGCCGUCCAAUCUAAUGGUAUUGUGAACUCAGUACAACUGUUGGCACAGUACAAUGAUGGACAUAGUGGGUACUCAAUCUCCGUUAUGUAAAGCGGUUGCAUGUUCUUUCCUUUAUACAAAAUAACAGACUCGGAUGGAGAGCCAAUGAUUAGUUUUAUAAUACAGAAAAGGACCCAGGAACUACAUGUACAUCGCGUUAUCGCAUGUGCUCAUUGUCAAGUAACUGGUGUUAUUAGUGGACAUUUUAACUUAUGGCGUAACUUGUAGUUCUUUGGUCCUUUUCUUUAUACAAAAUGUACUUAUUACACAAUGUCAUAUACAUGAUUGUACCUAUGCAUUGUGUUUAAAUUUCAGUUUCCUUGCAGAUCUUGUUCACCCCUACUGUUGCUUGAAAGCAAAUCCAAAGUAUGAUCAACACUACAA